GGAAUGAUAAAACAAAGAGCAAAACAGGAACUGCCAGGCCGGCUGGCUGCUCCAGUGGCACAAGAACAGCUGAGGUCCAAGCUCAGCUAUACAGUUAGUGAAGUUACUGUCAUGAAUCUAUGGCCUGAGAAAAACCCUAUCCUACUCUUGCCAGGUGGAAAGAACAGGAGUGAGCCCAGAACCCCUAGUUUUCAUCCUCCUCCUCCCAGCACUGUAGACAUGAAGUCAAGCAAAGGGGAGACAAAACUCUGGGCUGAGAUGCUAACAAAAGAGAGGUCUACUUCUCCAAGCCUACUUCAUGCAGAUGACGUAAGCAGCCUGGAGAACCUACCCCUGAAAAGGCCGGUGAAGUUGGCUCCUCUGGAGAUGCCCCUGGAAGUUAAAGAAGCCCAGCUCCAGAAGAUUAUGAGUAUCCAGGCAGAAGCUCAGCUGGCUGCUCAGAAGCUGGUGGGCGUCAGUUCCAUUAACAGUGAGCCCCAUGUGAAAAGGGUCAAAAAUCUGGCCCAGAUGGAACUGGAGAACUUGAAUAAGAUAAAGCUGAGUGAGAGGGCAACUUUAGAGUACGGGGAUGGGCCCCUUUCAUCUAAAGGCACCAAGCCCUUGUGCGAGGUUCAAAUUAUCUUGUCCACAGAGGCAAACUCCCAGCUGGAUAAAAAGUCAGCCAUCGAAGAUGCCCCAGUGACAUUCGGUACGCCAUUAAACCCCAAAGCCAAGGGCAACACCUUCCAAGCACCUGGCCUGCAUGAGGACACACAUGUUCCUGAUGGUCACAGCCCCAACCCCGACACUGCCCGGCACCGCUUUAGACUGAGGCAGAUGAAAGAGCAACAGGAAGAGCUCAGCAAAGCCAAGCCCUUAAAGGCCACGAGACUGAGUGCAGAGGAGGUGAAACAGCAAACUGCAGGUCAACGAACACAAAAAACCCUCAGCGAUGCAAGCAAGCUCCUCGAGAACAUGGCCAAAAAGCACCAGAGGCGGGGUGCUGGCCAAGACGAGGCAGACGAAGUUCUCACUGUGACGAGACCAUCUACACGAAGGAUGGCACUAGGGGACAUCAUUCAGGUGGAAGAAGAUUGAACAUCAUGCCCAACUUCCUCCCUGAUGCUGCCCCAUACUAAGUCCAACUCUGCAAAGCACCAGAACAUUAG